GGGAAUGUUUCAUGCUGAACAUCAAGAUAUUAGAUCGGCAGGGGGGCAAGAGAGAAAGCCCGACACUACAUAUAUAAAAACCCAAGUCGCAAAAAAUGCAUGAAUCUUUGUUCAACCUCGGAAUAUCCAGACGCAUUCCAACAUGCAUCCCCUCUUCCUGCUCAGCCUCGCUGCUCUGACCCAGGGAGCCAGUCUAAUUCCCCCCACCUGCUUCGACUCCUACAUCUCUCUCGAAAAAUAUUUCUCUUACCUCUAUCCCUGGGGUUCAGACCACAAUGGAUCCGCCCGGAUGAUUGGCAACUCCUCCGACCAUGAGUACAUCUUGAUCGACACACCCGGUACUUUGACCCUCCUUGCCAGACCGGUCACAGGCCAAGAUCCGACUAGUGGUGGCCAGGAAAUUAAUUAUCUCUCCGGUGCGGUACAUUCAACCGAGACAUUUACCGUUGAGGCUGGGUCCGGGUUCGAUAUCCAGGCUGAAUUCCAGGCGCCUACUGCUCAAGGUACUUGGCCGGCGUUUUGGUUGAACGGGGCGAAUUCAUGGCCACCAGAGAUUGAUCUUGCCGAAUGGAAAGGAUCCGGUGAUAUCAGUUUCAACACGUUCAAUACAUCAUCUGAAGUACAAUCUCUGGACAUCGACUAUCCCUCCCCGGAUGACUUCCACGCCGUCAAAAUCGAAGUUCGCGACGAAGAUGGCUCCAAUAUCUCGGUCAACUUCUAUCUGGACGAUGAGCUAGUCACAACUCAAUACGGCGCGGAGUACGUCGGAGAGCCAUUGCAUUUGUGAGUAUCCAUGAUACAGGGCAUAAAAGAAUGACAAGCUGACAAGACAGGAUUAUCAACCUGCAAAUGGACGGCUCUUCAGGGUCUCCUGGACCGACGACAGGUGAGUCGUGAUAUUGCCGUUGAGACUAUCCAGACUGACAGUGUGUAGACACGUAUUAUCGCAUUCGUAAUUUGUCUUUUGAGCAGAUUUAGUAGAUAGCAUCAAUCAUUAGAAUCAACUGAAUCCGUACAAUCUUGAGUAAAGAAACUCCUGUAAGAAACGAUAUGACUACAACGUCAGAAGCUUGUCCCUCACCACGAAAAAUCCACG